AUGUCUGCUGACAGCUGUGUGAUGACUAAAGAUCAGUUUCUCUGCUCCAUCUGUCUGAAUGUGUUCACUGAUCCAGUCGCCAUACCAUGUGGACACAACUUCUGUAAAACCUGCAUCACUGAUCACUGUGAUAUUGAACUUCCCUAUCAGUGUCCUACCUGUAGAAAAGGUUUUAAGACGAAACCUACGGUGCAGGUCAACACUUUGAUCUCUGAGAUGGCUGCUAAGUUCAGACAGUCAGCUCAACAGAAAGCAAAAGAAGUUCCCUGUGACGUCUACUUAGGACUCAAGAGGAAAACCUGGAUGUUCUUCCUGGCGUGUCUUAUGUGUGUCUUCAUUUCCUGGAUGAUGUCAGAACAAAAGAAACAUGAUUUUCUUCUGAAAGAAGAAUAUGAAGCAAAGAAGAUCGAGCUGUCCAAGACACAGGCUGAAAUUCUGCAGAUGAUCCAGGAGAUCAAACACUCAAUGGAGCUCAGUAAGGAAGACACAAACAGACAGAUAUUAACUCUGAAGGAGUCUGUUGAGAGAAACCAGGCCGAGCUCAUCGAGACGAUCAAAGAGAAACAGACAAUGACAGAGAAACUGGCUGAAAGCUUCGUCAAAGAUGUGAAACAGGAAAUCUCUGAGCUGAAGAAGAGAAACACUGAGGUGGAGCAGCUCUAUGUGGCUCAGCAGGAAAAACUUAGUGAACAGAUCAUUAAACUGCUCCCUGACUCUGAUCUGAAGAGGGUCCAGCAGUAUGAAGUGGAUGUGACUCUUGAUCCUGACACAGCUAAUCCCUGGCUCAUCCUGUCUGAUGAUGGAAAACAAGUUAAAUUUAGUGAUGUGAGGAAGAAUCUCCCAGACAAUCCAGAGAGAUUUGAUACUUGUGUUAUUGUCUUAGCAAAGCAGAGUUUCUCUUCAGGAAGAUUUUAUUACGAGGUUCAGGUUAAAGGGAAGACUGAGUGGGAUUUAGGAGUGGUCAGAGAGUCGAUCAACAGGAAGGGAAAGAUCACACUGAGGCCUCAGGAUGGUUACUGGGCGAUAUGGUUGAGGAAUGACAAUGAGUACAAAGGUCUUGCUGACCCUGCAGUCCUUCUCUCUCUGAAGUCUCAGCCUCAGAAGGUGGGGGUGUUUGUGGAUUAUGAGGAGGGUCUGGUCUCCUUUUAUGACGUUGAUGCUGCAGCUCUUAUCUACUCCUUUACUGGCUGCUCCUUCACUGAGAAACUCUACCCAUUCUUCAGUCCCAGUCCUAAGUAUGGUGGUAAAAACUCUGCCCCUCUCAUCAUCUCUCCUGUCAACCAAAGUGUCGAUAUGUCUGCUGCCAGCUGUCUGCUGACUGAAGAUCAGUUUCUCUGCUCCAUCUGUCUGGAUGUGUUCACUGACCCAGUCACCAUACCAUGUGGACACAACUUCUGUAAAAACUGCAUCACUGAUCACUGGGAUAUUGAUCUUCCCUAUCAGUGUCCCAACUGUAAAAAGGGUUUUAGGACAAAACCUGAGCUAGAGGUCAACACUUUUAUCUCUGAGAUGGCUGCUCAGUUCAGACAGUCAGCUCAACAGGAAGCCAGCAGCAGCAGCUCAGAGCAAUACAAGUCCAAACCAAAAGAAGUUCCCUGUGACGUCUACUCAGGAACCAAAAGAAGGACCUGGAUGUUCUUCCUUGUAUGUCUGCUGUGUGUUGUUAUGUCGUGGAUGGUUUCAGACCAAAAGAAACAUGGUGUUGGUCCUCAGAAGGAAGAAUAUGGUCCUCUGAAAGAAGAAUAUGAAGCAAAGAAGGCUGAGCUGUGGAAGACAGGGGCUGAAAUUCUGCAGAUGAUCCAGAAGAGACGACUGAAGAUUCAGGAGAUCAAACACUCAGUGGAGCUCAGUGUUGAAGAUGCUGACAGAGAGAUAGCAGAAGGUGUUCAGAUCUUCACUGCUCUGAAGGAGUCUGUUGAGAGAAGCCUGGCCGAGCUCAUCGAGAUGAUAAAGGAGAAGCAGAGAAAGAUAGAGAAACCAGCUGAAGGUUUCAUCACAGAGCUGGAACAGGAAAUCUCUGAGCUGCAGAAGAGAAGCACUGAGGUGGAGCAGCUCUUACAGUCUGAAGACCACCUCCACCUCCUCCAGAGCUUCACCUCCCUGAACACUGUUCCACCCACCAAGGACUGGACAGAAGUCAACGUCCGUCCACCUUCAUAUGAGGGGACUGUGAGGAGAGCUGUGAAUCAGCUGAAGGAGACGCUCAGUGAGGUGUUUCGAUUUGAGCUGAAGAGGGUCCAGCAGUAUGAAGUGGAUGUGACUCUUGAUCCUGAUACAGCUAAUCCUAAACUCAUCCUGUCUGAUGAUGGGAAAGAAGUUAAACAUGGUGAUGUGAGGAAGAAUCUCCCAGACAAUCCAAAGAGAUUUGAUACUUGUGUUAAUGUCUUAGCAAAGCAGAGUUUCUCUUCAGGAAGAUUUUAUUAUGAGGUUCAGGUUAAAGGGAAGACUGAGUGGGAUUUAGGAGUGGUCAGAGAGUCAAUCAACAGGAAGGGACAAAUCACACUGAGGCCUCAGAAGGGUUUCUGGACUAUAGUGUUGAGGAAUGACAAUGAGUACAAAGCUCUAGCUGGCCCUGAUGUCCUUCUCUCUCUGAAGUCUCGGCCUCAGAAGGUGGGGGUGUUUGUGGAUUAUGAGGAGGGUCGGGUCUCCUUUUAUGACGUUGAUGCUGCAGCUCUUAUCUACUCCUUUACUGGCUGCUCCUUCACUGAGAAACUCUACCCAUACUUCUGUCCCUGUAAUAACUAUGGUGGUAAAAACUCUGCCCCUCUGAUCAUCUCUCCUGUCGGUCACUGAGUAGAACAAAAUGUUACAUCUAUGAAAUCAUAGAAAAAAAGAGGAUACAGAACAUCCAUGAGAAUCAUAUUUUUUUUUCCACAGUAUCAAAUAAUGAUGACAGUUAACA